AUAACCUAAAUAAUUUUGUUUUAGUCAUGUCAAUGUCUGACAUUUUAUUAUCAUUAAAGUUUAUGUUUUAAAAAGAAUAAAUUACAGCAAUUAUGUUAAAAAUCGCAGUGGCAAAUAUCAUACAAAUUAUCAAAGCCUUGAACACUUACCUUGCUCAGCGCAGAUUAUCAAAAUCGGAGAAAUUCGGCACUUCAGCAGCUUCAAAUAAAGAAUCGUUUUUAAAUGGCGACUCUAAAGAGUAUAUUGAAGAUAUGUACAAAGCUUGGCUAAGAGAUCCCAGUAGUGUUCAUGCAUCAUGGGAUGCAUAUUUUCGCGAAAGGGAUUAUCAGAGACCUCCUACAUUAGAGCCUGUACUAGUUAAGAAGCAAUUGGCUCCUACAAAUACACCAAAAACUACAGUUAGAACUGCAGCAACAGCACCAAGUGUUAGCAAUCCUGCCAGUCCUAAAGAAAUAGAUGAACAUUUAAAUGUCCAAGCUAUCAUCAGAAGUUACCAAGUUCGUGGUCAUUUAGUAGCGAGAACAAAUCCGCUAUAUGAAAUGUUCGAUAUUAACGAUAAAACAACUAGUUUGAGUGAAAAAUUUGGAAAGAGUCCACCUGAAGUAAUAAGAUACCACAAAAUAGAGAGCUCCAUGAUGAAUACACCCUUUCUACUACCCGAAUCGACUCGUAUAGGAGGCAGCGAAACAUCCUUGCCCUUAAAAGAAAUUGUCAAACGUCUGGAGCUGGCAUAUUGUCGACACAUUGGUAUCGAGUACAUGUACAUUAACGAUGUGGAACGAUGUAACUGGUUAAGAGAACAUUUCGAAGUCCCUGGAGUUGUAUCACUAAACAAGGCGGAAAAAAGACUACUUCUCACAAGGCUUGCUCGAGCUGUCUUAUUCGAAAAAUUUCUUCAAAGGAAAUGGCCAAGCGAAAAACGAUUCGGCAUUGAAGGUUGCGAAAUUAUGAUUCCCUGUAUAAAAACAAUCAUUGACACUUGUUCGCAACUGGAUGGGGAAAUGAUUAUACUUGGAAUGGCUCAUCGCGGAAGACUAAAUGUGUUGGCCAACAUAUGUCGAAAGCCGCUGAAAAAAAUAUUUGCACAAUUUCAUGGUUUAGAACCGGAAGAUGAGGGCUCUGGCGAUGUAAAAUACCAUCUGGGGGUCUACGCUGAAAGGAAAAAUAAUGUAACAAACAAAAUGGUGAAAAUAGUAUUGGUAGCAAAUCCAUCGCAUUUGGAGGAAGGCCAUUCCGUUUGUCAGGGAAGAGUUCGGGCUGAACAAUUUUACCUUAAUGACGACGAACAAAAAAAGGUUAUUCCAAUUUUGAUGCAUGGCGAUGCUGCCUUUUGUGGAGAGGGAAUAUGCUACGAAACAAUUAAUCUUUCAAACCUUACUAAUUACAAAACAGGCGGAACCAUACACAUUGUAGUUAACAAUCAAAUAGGAUUCACUACCGAUCCUAGAUUCUCCCGAUCAGCCCCUUAUUGUACAGAUAUAGCCAAAGUCGUGAACGCCCCUGUAUUUCACGUAAACAGUGAUGAUCCGGAAAGCGCAAUAUACGUCAGCAAGAUAGCAGCAAUGUGGAGACAGAAAUUCAAAACGGACGUCGUGAUUGAUAUUGUGUGCUAUCGAAAGCAUGGACACAAUGAGGCGGACGAGCCGAUGUUUACCCAGCCCGUACUGUACACGAAAAUUAAAGGAAUGAAAAAUGUUUGGGAAAAAUAUUGUGAAGCUGCAAAGCAACAAGGAAUUGUAACAGAUGCCGAAAUUAACGCUUAUAGAGACACUUAUGACAAAAUUUGUGAACUCGAAUUUGCCAAAGCUGCCAAAGAAACAACAGUGAGAUUCGGCGAUUGGAUAGACUCUCCUUGGAAACACUUCUUCAAAAAUAAGGAUAUGACCAAAUGCGAACCGACGGGAGUGAGUCUAGAUGUAAUAAAACAUAUCGCAACUAAAUUUUCUACUCCCCCACCAGGCGAUUUCCUGAUUCAUAAAAAUUUACAGAGAAUAUUAAGAUUGAGAAUGGAUAUGGUUAAAAAUGAAACCAUUGAUUGGGCACUAGGAGAAGCACUUACAUUCGGUAGUUUACUAAAAGAGGGUGUUCAUGUGAGAUUGUCCGGUGAAGACGUAGAAAGAGGAACAUUUUCUCACAGACAUCACGUGUUACAUCAUCAAACCAAAGAUAAAACAAGAUACACGUAUCUUAGAGAUCUGUAUCCAGAUCAGGCAUCUUAUACAGUAUCCAACAGUCCAAUUUCCGAAUAUGGAGUGCUAGGAUUCGAACACGGAUACUCAAUGGUAAAUCCGCACUCGUUAAUAAUAUGGGAAGCGCAAUUUGGAGACUUUGCAAAUAACGGGCAAACGAUGUUCGACACUAUGAUUUGCAGUGGACAAAGCAAAUGGAUCAGGCAAUGCGGGAUGGUUUGUUUAUUACCACAUGGGCUUGAAGGACAGGGUCCGGAACAUUCCAGUGCACGAGUAGAAAGGUAUCUUGAAUUAUGUGCGGACGACCCCGAUUAUCUUCCUCCAGAUUUUACGAAUCUAGCAAUGAAACAGCUUUUUGACAUUAAUUGGAUUGUGGCUAAUUGUACGACGCCAGCAAAUUAUUUUCAUCUACUCAGAAGACAAAUUAAAUUGCCCUUUCGAAAACCCCUAAUGCUGAUGACUCCCAAGAGCUUGCUACGUCACCCCGAGGCUAGAAGUAAUUUUAGCGAAAUGAAGGAAGGUACCGAGUUUCAGAGAUUGAUUCCUUGCAAAGAACGGGCAUCAGAAAAUCCAGAUAACGUGAAAAAAUUAAUAUUUUGUACCGGCAAAAUAUACUACGAUUUCAUGAAACUAAUUAAAGACCAGAAAUUGGACGACAAAAUUGCCAUCGCUCGUGUCGAACAAAUGUGUCCAUUUCCAUACGAUCUUGUAGUAAAAGAAUGUAACAAAUACAAAAACGCCAAAAUCGCAUGGGGACAAGAAGAACAUAAAAACUCAGGAUGUUGGAUGUAUAUGCAUCCAAGAUUCGAAACUGCGCUAAAAGGAAAAAGGCCGAUUUUAUACAAUGGAAGACCACCAUCGGCAAGUACUGCUUCGGGCAACAAAAUACAAUAUCAGAAGGAAUUAAAAAAUUUAAUGGCCAGCAUUAUUGCUCUUGAUUAGUAAAUCGUUACGUCAUUACAUACAUCAAUUCAACAACAUCCAAUUAUCACCUAAAUCAUUCAGAAUGUAUUUUGUUUACUAGUCAUCCAGUAUUAAAUCAGUUUAAACGUCCUCAAUAA